GAAACGAGAUUCCUGAAAGUAAAACACAGCAAGACAGACGCCAAAGAAGUGCUCUGCGAUAAUGAAACACUGAAACGUGUGCUGCGUGGACAGAAGGAUGCAUUACUAUUUCGUAUGGCAGACUGAAAGAUUUGUGGACGUGCCGUCCAGAAACAAUGGAACUUGUUGACUGGCAUCCAGCAUUAAACAGGAAUGGCAAUAUUAAGGAAUGGGUUGACUAUCGUUGCUGUCCUGGUGAUUUUUUACUUUUUGGAAAAAGAAAAAUUCAUUGACUUUACCUGUUUGGUUCCAUGGGCUCACCAUGACAACGAACACUUUGGAGCUCACACCAGGGAAAAAAGGAGUGAGUCUCCAGUUCUUUAUGAAUAUGUGAUUUGUGUUGAGGUCAACGCUGCAGACACACGACAACUGACCAACAUUCUGGAAUAUACCACUUUCCCUGUUCACGUGGGAACACAAAUAAAUAUCACAGAUGCUCUUACAGUGACAGCUUGUUCUGUAACACCAACCUCUCCACCAACAACUCCUUUUCUUUUUGAAUAUGUGGUUUCUAUUGAAUUGAACAUCUCAAAUGGAAUUGAUGGACUGAGGACCAUUCUGAUCAACAUCAGUUACCCCAUCACCAUCAACAACCAAAUAGAAAUCCAUGAGAUCAACAUUUUUACAGAUUUGACCCCUCUUACAACGUCAGAUGUGACCAGAACAACAACUGAAACAACACCAACAAUAACUGCAACAACAAAUUCAACCCCUGUUACAACAACACAUGUGAACACGACAACAACAAUAACUGUAACAACAAAUUCGACCCCUCUUACAACAUCAGAUGUGCCCAGAAGAACAACUGAAAAAACAUCAACAAUAACUGCAGCAACAAAUUCAACCCCUGUUGCAACAACACAUGUUAACAUGACAAAUACAACAAUAACUGUAACAAGAAAUUCAACCCCUUUUACAACACCAGAUGUGACCAGAACAACUGAAACAACACCAACAAUAUCUGCAAUAACAAACAUGACAUCUGUUGCAGCAUCACGUACAACUACACUGACAACUGCAGUUACCAAUACAACCACUGUUGCACCACCACAUGUGAACAUGACAACAACACCAACAAUAACUGUAACAACAAAUACAACCCCUCUUACACCAUCAGAUGUGACCAGAACAACAACUGAAACAACACCAACAAUAACUGUAACAACAAAUACAACCCCUCUUACACCAUCAGAUGUGACCAGAACAACAACUGAAACAACACCAACAAUAACUGUAACAACAAAUACAACCCUUCUUACACCAUCAGAUGUGACCAGAACAACAACUGAAACAACACCAACAAUAACUGUAACAACAAAUACAACCCCUCUUACACCAUCAGAUGUGACCAGAACAACAACUGAAACAACACCAACAAUAACUGUAACAACAAAUACAACCCCUCUUACACCAUCAGAUGUGACCAGAACAACAACUGAAACAACACCAACAAUAACUGUAACAACAAAUACAACCCCUCUUACACCAUCAGAUGUGACCAGAACAACAACUGAAACAACACCAACAAUAACUGUAACAACAAAUACAACCCCUCUUACACCAUCAGAUGUGACCAGAACAACAACUGAAGCAACACCAACAAUAACUGUAACAACAAAUGCAACCCCUCUUACACCAUCAGAUGUGACCAGAACAACAACUGAAACAACACCAACAAUAACUGCAAUAACAAAAAAGACCUCUGUUGCAACAUCACGUACAACUACACGGACAACUGCACUUACCACUACUGCAACACGUGCCAGCACAGUCACUGCAACAGUUGGAAGAGUAUUCCAAGUGCAAGUGUCGGUCACAUUAGACCUACAAUACACAACAGAACUGAGUGACUCCACAAGUGCUGAAUACAUGGAACUUACAUCAAAGAUUGAGCCAGUGUUAAAUGAUGUGUACAGUGGACUAACAGGAUUCAUCAGUUCUUUUGUACAGAAAUACAGCCCAGGAAGCGUAAUUACUGCAUUUGUUGUGGAAACAACAACAGUUAUUUCUAGUCAAAUUAUUAGCGCAAAUGAAAAACUUAAAGAAGAAAUAAAGGUUGUUGCUCCAGUCAUUGGAGUUUAUGCAUUUUACAAAAGUUCUGAGCCAUUCAGCCACUCUCCAAACAUCACCUACACCGGAAACAAACUACAAGUGACAUGCGGUCAACCUGACAACUUUGAUGUGGGACAGCUGUCUGGUUCUGUGUGGAUAAUCAACGGAAAGAAAUUGACAGAUAAUUCAAGGGUCACAAUAAUAACUUCUGACAGCGAAUCGACACUAGAAAUCAAAAACGUCAUUCUCGCUGACAGCGGGAAUUAUGAAUGUACUCUGGUGGGAAAAGCAUUGGAUUUCUUACAACAAGCAGAUCUUCAAGAAGGAGUGGCGAUCAGACAAGUUCCAAAUGUGCGAGUGCCAAGUCGAGUUAAUGUUGGAUGCAUUGAAGGACCAAGAGAACCUCUCAUGUGCUGUGUUCAGUCCAACUACAGAGUCAAACUGUUUAGAGACGCAACGGUUUUAGACACAAAGGUGGUUCCCGAUAAAAGUGGAGACUAUUGCAUCCAGCAUAAUUACACCCUGAAUAACUGCGACACACCUUUAAGUUUUGUAUGCAGGGUUGAUGACCCAAAAGGCUACGAAAUAACAACAACAAUUACAAUUUUCAAAGGGGGUGCUGUAUGUAAGGAUACUGAGUAUGGAAUUGGACAAGCAGGUGACAUCUCCACAAUAGAAUGUAACCCGGAUCAGAAGGGAAGCAAGACCGCUGUCUGUGAGAGCAAUGGGAAGUGGAAACUGAAGGAGGACACUUGUAUCCUAAUAGAAGUCAACGAGUUGUUGAUUGAGUCACAGGAUGCGGUUCAGAAAGAUGUGCCAGAAAUUGUGGCAAAACUAAAUGCUGUUGUCCAGAGCAAAUCAAGAGAAGUUACGAAUUCAUCUGCAACCAUCAUGGCUGUUGUUGACAUUAUCAAAAAUGUUGCCAGUGUUGCAACUGCUGUCAACAAGACUGUCAUGCAGGAUAUACUACAAACAGUGGAAAUCAUCAUUGGUGAUGAUGCAAGGGAGUCUUGGAACAUUCUUAAUGCAAAUGAAACCCUGAAUGCCAGCUCCACUUUGCUGGCUUCCUUGGAGAGACUGUCUAAAGUGCUGGUUGGAGAAUUUACCAUUCAAACUCAAAACAUCCUCCUUAACAGAACCACCUUUGACAACUCCUUCAGUGCAAACCUGAACUCCACUGUCACCAUUGACAUUCCAAACACAAAUACCGUUGACAUUUUUAUCACCACCAUUGUCUUUGCCACCUUGCGUAAUGCCCUACCACCACGGAACGCUAGCUUCAAUGUCAGCAGCUUCAGUGUUACCACCAACAAAACUCUCAAUGACACCAUCAACGCUGCUGUGAUGCUUGUCUCAACAAAUGCAACGAUUAAUGAUGUCACCAUGAGCUUUACCAAAGUGAACAACUCCCUGAAGCAAAACGCACAGUGCGUCUUCUGGAACUUCAGACUUCUUGAUGAUCUUGGUGCAUGGGACCAUGAAGGAUGCACAUUUGUCUCUGACAUAGACAAUAUCAUAACAUGCAACUGCAGCCAUCUCACCUCCUUCUCAAUUCUGAUGGCAACCAGCAUCCCUGAGUCGCUCAGACUGAUUUUGGAUAUCAUCACUUAUAUUGGAGUGGGGAUAUCGUUGGCAAGCCUACUUAUUUGUCUCAUUAUUGAAGGAUAUGUUUGGAAAACGGUGACCAGGAACAGCACUGCUUUCAUGCGCCAUGUUUCAGUUGUUAAUAUUGCACUGGCGCUGUUGAUUGCGGACAUCUGCUUCAUCAUUGGUGCCGCGGUUGCUAAAAAUCCUGGCGAAAACCCAGGAGAAGACUAUCAUACUCCAGUUGGACCAUGUAGCUCUGCGACAUUUUUUAUGCACUUCUUUUACCUUGCCCUGUUCUUUUGGAUGCUUGUGUCAGCACUUCUCCUGCUUUACCGCACACUCCUGGUCUUCUCCCACAUGUCCAAGAAAGCCAUGUUGGCUGUCGGAUUCAGCUUGGGCUACGGUUGCCCUUUAAUUAUAGCUGUUGUUACAGUUGCCGUCACUGCACCAGGAAACAUGUACAUCAGGAGGUCUGAGGCCUGUUGGCUCAACUGGCACGAGUCCAUGGCCCUGUUGGCCUUUGUAGUUCCUGCCUUAGUCAUAGUCUUAAUCAACUUCAUAAUCCUAAUCGUGGUUUUAAUUAAAAUGCUGAGAAGAGGUGCUGGAGAUGCUUCCCAGCCAGGUGAGAAGAAUGCACUGAUAGUCAUUCUUCGAUGUGUGGCCUUUUUGACUCCUUUGUUUGGACUGACUUGGGGUUUGGGAGUCGGAACCAUGACGUCGCCAACAAAUAAAGGAAUCCAUAUUGCCUUUGCCUUCUUCAAUUCACUGCAGGGGUUUUUUAUUUUAUUUUUUGGAACAAUUUUUGAUUCAAAGAUCCGAGCUGUUCUUGCACGGACGUUACCAACAUUAAGCUCACGCUCCAAUCGAACACAAAGUACAAGUGGUGGUGCUUCCUCUUCCAGUGUGCUGAACUUUAUAAGGAGAAUACCUGGAAGAAGAAAUGUCGACCGUACGUCACGUCCUGCAGACCCGAGCAGUCCUGGUGCAUCAGAGUCUUUCAUUAAUGCCUGAGUCACUGUCCAGCAUGCCAAACAAACAUUUCUAAUGUGAUUGUUUGUUUGUAACUCGCACUUUUGUUGUCAGUGAAGCAGAGAAAAUGUAUUUUUCGUCAUGAUCGAAGCCAUACUCAUGCACACAGAGGCCAUUGGCUA